AGUGUCCACCAUCCACCACAGGGUGUUCUCAGCCAAGUACAGCUCCAAGCUUAAGCUUGUUCUGACACUAGUCCCCUGCUCCCUCUUCUCAAUCUCAAAGCUGAAGCACACGGUUUGAUCCACCAAUGUGCACAACCACCGCUGUGCCGUCGGCGCCAGCGGUGGCGGUGGCUGGCGGCAAGGGAGGCCACCACGUCUAUGUCACGGUGCCACAGCGCGCGGAAGGCGACGCGGCCGGCCAUUGCGGCCGCCAGCUCAAGGGCCACGCAGUGCCCUUGCCGGCUGCAGGGGAGACCGUCCGAGAGGUGGCAGCGCUGUGCCGGCUGGCGUUCCCGAUCGCGCUGACGGCGCUGCUUCUCUACUCGCGGACGGCGCUGUCGAUGUUCUUCCUGGGCACCAUUGGCGACCUCCCGCUGGCGGCCGGGUCCCUCGCCAUCGCCUUCGCCAACAUCACCGGCUAUUCUGUGCUCUCCGGCCUCUCCCUCGGCAUGGACCCUCUCUGUUCCCAGGCGUUCGGCGCCAACCAGCCGCGGCUGCUCGGCCUCACCCUGUACCGCUCCGUCCUCUUCCUGCUGUGCUGCUCGCUGCCGCUCUCCGCGCUCUGGCUCAACAUGUCCAAGAUCCUCGUCUUCCUCGGUCAGGACCUCGAGAUCACGGCGCUCGCGCAGGAGUACAUCCUCUUCUCCCUCCCCGACCUCUUCUCCUUCUCCCUCAUCCACCCGCUCCGCGUGUACCUCCGGUCGCAGGGGAUCACGCGCCCGCUCGCCGCCGCCGCGGGCGCCGCCGUGCUCUUCCACGUACCAGCGAACUACGUACUGGUGGGCCACCUCGGGCUCGGCGCGCCCGGGGUGGCGGCCGCGGCGUCGGCGUCCAACUUCGUACUCCUCAGCGUGCUGCUCGCGUACGUCGUCGGCAGGCGCGAUGCGGCGCUGUGCGCGGCGGGGGCACCCACGGCGGAGUGGCUCGCGGGGUGGGGCCUGCUCGUGCGGCUCGCGGCGCCCAGCUGCGUGUCGGUGUGCCUGGAGUGGUGGUGGUACGAGGUGAUGAUCCUGCUCUGCGGCCUCCUGCCGGACCCGAAGUCGGCGGUGGCGUCCAUGGGCGUGCUCAUGCAGACGACGGCGCUGGUGUACGUGUUCCCGUCGUCGCUGGGGUUCGGCGUGUCGACAAGGGUGGGCAACGAGCUAGGCGCGAACCGCCCGGGCCGUGCGCGCGCCGCGGCCCAAGUGGCCGUGGCCGUCGCCGCGGCGAUGGGGCUCGCGGCCAUGUCGUUCGCGGCCGGGGUGCGCCACGCGUGGGGGCGCAUGUUCACCGCCGAUGCCGACAUCCUCCGUCUGACCGCCGCGGCCCUGCCGAUCGUGGGGCUCUGCGAGCUCGGCAACUGCCCGCAGACCGUCUGCUGCGGCGUGCUCCGCGGCAGCGCGCGGCCGGCGCGCGCCGCGCACGUCAACCUGGGCGCCUUCUACCUGGUGGGCAUGCCCGUCGCCGUGCUGCUCGCGUUCGGGCUCGGCGUGGGCUUCGUCGGGUUCUGGGUGGGCCUCCUCGUAGCCCAGGUGUGCUGCGCCGGACUCAUGCUCUGCGUCGUCCGCUCCACCGACUGGGAGGCGCAGGCGCGGCGGGCGCAGGAGCUGACGUCAUCCUCGCCGGCCGACGUGGAGGAGAGCGGGACCCACAUGUCGGCGGCUGAGGGAGCCAGGCCGGAGAAAGGGGAGCAGGAGGAGGACGUGGAAGGGAGGUGCUACGAGCCGAGCCCGAAACUGUGUAGGCCGCUUUGAGAUUGGUGAAAAAGCUUGGAGCCACUGUAAUUUUUAUUCUUAGUCUUUGAUUAAUUGGAACUACUACUACUAGUAGUAUUCUAGUACUAAUGGUAAUGCAUAUAUGUUUUGUUGUUUUUCCCCCCAUUUCCUCUUCUUUU